GGCAAGUAAUUAUUAUUUGUUUUCUUCUUCACAUACAACUGGGCUAUAACGUAGAAGUCAAAAUCGUGGAUAUCUUUAUCAGUAAAACUGUUCCUAGUUCGCUUGUCACAAUCAUUUACAUGGUAACUAUGUCUCCGUCAGAAGUAAUCGGUUGGAUAGUACUUUUAACAAUAUGCUUUAUCAUUUUUUUAAACAUUUGGUUUAAAUACACUUGUAUGAAAUGUACGAGCAAUGUGUGUUUAGUGGGGAAGACUGCUGUAGUCACAGGAGGAAGUUUAGGUAUUGGACAUGAAACAGUACUAUCGCUGUUGUCAAGAGGUUGUCGAGUUAUAAUAGCAGACCGAAUAAUAACCGAAGAUAUUAAAAAAUCUAUUAUUCACGAAACAAAAAGCUCGAAUUUUGUUCUUGAGUAUGUAGACUUUGCGUCGUUCCAAUCGGUUAGAGAUUUUGUUGAAAAAUUAAAUAAAACCGAAGAAAAAAUAGAUAUAUUGAUAAACAAUGUUGGAAUAGGAAGAUGUGAUGGUACAUGUACUGAGGAUGGUUUAAACAGGGUUAUGCAAAUAAAUUAUUACAGUCCAUUUUUGCUGACACAUUUACUUAUCGAUUUGCUAAAAAAAUCCGAAGAGCCCAAGAUUCUUUUCACAUCAUCAAUAUUAUCAUUUUCGCAUGAAUUAUUAGGCAAAAAUGUAACAGAGGAUAACAUUAUUAUAUCAAAUAGGCUUACAACUUAUUUUACAUCAAAAUUUUGUACGGUUGUAGCUUCUGAUAUUUUUGCGAAAAAACUACGUAAGCAUAACAUCAAGUGUAACAGUUACCAUCCUGGGGCAGUCAAGACUAAUAUUUUUAAUGAGUCACGAAAAUAUAUGACUUUAAAUGUAGUAGAUGUUAUAACCACCUUUCUUGGUGAUUUAAUGAUUUUUGUAUCUGGACAGACUCCAAAAGAUGCCAGUCAAACUGCAGUGAAUAUCGUAGUUUCAGAAGAAUAUAAAAAUGUUACUGGAGAGUUUAUUGGUAUGUUCUUACCAAGUCUUAAACCUCGAGGGUCACAUGACAAAAUAUUUUGUAAGAAGAUAUGGAACGCUUCGGAAAAGUUGGUAAAACUGCAACCGAAUGAAAAACUAUAAAUUAUGUAUUUGAAUUGUUUUUGUGCAAAAAUUUGUAUACUUUUUAAAUAAAAAACUAAAAGAUGUAUUAUUAUUUCAUAUUAAUAUCUUAUGAUUUGU